AUCUGUCUGUGCUUAGGUCAGUCUGUCAUUUCCCCGGUCCCGGUGUUUUGAUCGCGUUGUUCUGUGAAACCGGUGUUAAAUUCCUCUUCAAAAUAGUUUACGUACGCUUUCGUUUGUUGAUGAAAAUGUCUAAAGUGCCUUUAGUAACGUUUAACAACGGCCUUGAGUGCCCAAUACUUGGUAUUGGGACGUGGAAGUCUAAGCCCGGCGAAGUCACGCAGGCAGUGAAGGAUGCCAUCGACAUCGGAUACCGUCACAUUGACUGCGCGUACGUCUACGGCAACGAGAAGGAAGUGGGCGCUGCCAUCGCGGCCAAGAUCCAAGAAGGGGUGGUCAGGAGAGAGGACCUGUUCAUCACGUCGAAGCUGUGGAACACUUUCCACCGGCCGGACCUGGUGCCAGGCGCGCUGCAGAAGUCCCUGGACAACCUUGGGCUGACGUACCUCGACCUGUACCUCAUACACUGGCCUCAAGCUUACAAGGAGGGCCCAGAAAACUUCCCCGAGGUGGACGGCAAGAUCCAGUUCUCCGAGGUGGACUACGUGGACACAUGGCAGGCCAUGGAGCCGCUGGUCAGCCAGGGUUUGGUGAAGAGCAUCGGACUGUCUAACUUCAACUCCAAACAGCUCAUGCGGGUCCUUGCUGUCGCCAAGGUUAAGCCAGUUGUCAACCAGGUGGAAUGCCAUCCGUACCUGAACCAGACGCGCCUGCUCAGCCUGUGCGCGUCGCAUGGCGUGAAGCUGACCGCCUACUCCCCGCUGGGGUCACCAGACCGUCCCUGGGCGAAGCCUGGAGACCCUCAGCUGAUGGAGGAUCCUAAAUUGCAAGCCAUUGCCAAGAGGCUGAACAAAACUGUCGCUCAAGUGCUGAUCAGGUAUCAGAUCGACCGGGAAGUCAUUGUGAUCCCCAAGUCGGUGACCAAGAGCCGCAUCGCGUCCAACUUCGACGUGUUCGACUUCAAGCUGAGCCAGGAGGACCUGGACCUGAUCAACUCCUUCGAUUGCAACGGACGGUUCGUGCCGAUGACUGCAUCCCUGGGGCACAAAUACCAUCCGUUUGAGAAUGACGAAUUCUAAAUAAGUUAUUGUUAAAAAUAAACAAAAUACAUCAACACUAUAUGUUUGUGGACUGUGGAGUAUGCUCCAAAUGUAGCACCCUCGUGGAGUAUGCUCCAAACCGCUUAUGACAAGAUGCGCCACAGACACAUUUUUACAGAGAUUGGUUGUCUAUUCGUAAUACGAGGUAUAGACCUCGACUAUUGGUAGCCAUCGGGCUAUGACCUUAAAUCUGUACAUUGCAUAAAAAUAGGGUAGUUUCUAACGUAGAUACAACAUGUACGUACAGUCAUGAGCAAUAUAAUGUACCCACUUUAGGACCCUGUCGCACUAACAUAUUUGACAUUUAGUGAGACUUACAGUUCAAUUUGUCAAAAAAGUUAAUGUGACAUGGUACCAAAGUGUGUACAUAUUGGUGCUAAUUCCUGUAAAUACCAUCUAAUUUUAUUUUAAGUUAUAUCUGUCAUUUUCUUAUCCGCCGAAAAGGAAAGGGACGGGUAAUCGACAAGCAUAAAAUUUAUGGAACACACGUCAAUUUUAAGCACAAAUCUAAAACAACCGUCUAAAAAUUCGCCCGGGUUAUUCAUUUAUUUACUCAUUCUUCCUAAAAUUAAGAGCUGUCAAUCAUCCGUCCCUUUCCUUUUCGGCGGAUAAGAAAAUGACAGGUAUAACUUAAAGUAAAAUUAAGAGAUGUCUGCAGGAAUCGGGGCCAUUAAUGCUCGUGACCGUACAACAACUAUUAUACGUACCACUGCUCCUUCGUUCUCAUAAUAUUAUAUUCUCAAAAUAUUACAUUCGCAAAACAUUACGUUCGCAAAAUAUUAUAUUCUCAAAAUAUUACCUGUACAAUGAAACAGAAAAUAUGUAAAAAAUUAUCAUUCUCUAGUAACGAAAAAAAUAUCAAUUAACUUUCUAUAGCGAUCUGUGGCUUGAGAAGACUGAUGCGGGUUUGUGAGAAGUAUGCAGGUGGCCACGGUUUAUAAAUAAAAAUAAAAUAAAAAUAAAAAGAGUUUAUUUCGGACAUGUUCCAUAGUGGUUAGUAACAAGCAAUAAACAACUUAAUCUAGUGUUAGUAAUAGAACGAUAAAAAUAAAAUAACAUUUACACACGACACGGCUCGACAAUUAUAAACAACAAGAAAACGUACACAUUAACACAACACAUUACUAAUAAGCAGGCUCCCACCGCCUGGUCACCGGUAUCUGCAAGUCCACUUCAGUAUGUAAGCGCAUCCAGUGGCCCAGCAGUGGGGAGUCCCACCUAUCAGUCAACACGCUCAGAAUGCCGUUUGAGCUGGAACGUAAGCGCCUCAAUAGCGAUGCCCACCUCUUCAACACAUGGAAAAGCCAGUUUAAGUAUCUGGGGCACAUAGUUACUGCCGACCUCAGUGUCAAUGCGGAUAUUGAGCGGGAGCGGAGGGCGCUGUCUGUAAGGGCUAAUAUGAUAGCCCGCAGGUUUGCGCGAUGUACACCAGAGGUUAAAAUUACACUCUUUCGUGCGUAUUGUACAUCACUAUACACCCUAGCCUGUGGGCGAACUACACUAAGCGAUGUAAUAAUGUUUAUCUACUUUUUUAUGAAUAAUACUUUUGUACUUCAUUAUACAAAAGAUAAUAUAUUGAGAAUAUAAUAUUUUGCGAAUGUAAUGUUUUGCGAAUGUAAUAUUUUGAGAAUAUAAUAUUAAGAGAACGAAGGCCACUGCUGACUUCCUCCACAUUCACAAAAUAGAACUUUCACAAGUUCACCUUAAUAUUUCUCACAUUGUAAUUUGAAAGAAAGAAAGAAACGUUUAUUAUAAAGGGACACCACAGUAACAAAUACAAAACAAAUAUAUAAUUUAAAACACGGAGUAACACACAACUUACAAUCAAACAAAACACAUAAUAAAAACAACAUACACGAGAAAUACAAAUAAUUGAGUGUAUGGACUGGUCAACGAUGGUGGUGGUGUCCUUUAUAAAAGGGCCUCACUCAGCAUAAGCCGCGGCGCGAGCCACGAUGCUGGUAUUCUGUGGACCCUGCUAAGUGAGGCACGGAAGCCGUGCCUCCCACAAAUACAACUUGAAUGAAUACAUAAUAAUAUUUACUUAUACUAUGAAAACAAAAUAAUUUUGGAUGUAAGUGAAUAAAUAUACGUGUAUAUCGUUGAUCAAA